AAAACUGCUGCUCCAGGUCUGAGCCGGAGAUCUAAAGAGACACAUGUUUUGUUAAACAAAUAGGAAGAAGGCAUAAUUACAUUCUAUUCACUUAAAUGUUUUGACAGUCACUCACAAUACACUGUAACACAAGUUUUUUCGUCACCCCAUCCCUCGCGUAAAUAUCAAAACUGAAAGUCACGCAUUGGAGAGAUUCGAGCAGCGCGGACCUGCUUUAAACCGGAAUCAUGACGAGCACGAGCACCACAGCAGGGACAGCAGGUAAAAGGAGAAGCUUUGAAUUAGAACCUCCUAAUGUGUCUUUGAGCAUGGUGCUGGUGGGACAGACUGGAGCAGGUAAAAGCUCCUCUGGAAACCUCAUCCUGGGCAGAGAAGCAUUCGUAACCUCCAGGGGAGAGUCAUCUGUUCAUACAGGCUGCUGGAGAGAGACUGGAGAGGUGGCUGGGAGAGAAGUUACUCUGGUAGAUACUCCAGGACUGUUUAGUGUUACAGAAGAGAGUCUGAGACAAGAGAUCAGUACAUGUAUAAACAUGACUGCACCAGGACCUCACGCCAUCCUCCUGGUCAUUAGACUGGCUCCAGUUACCAAGCAGGAUGUACUGUCAGUGGAAAAGAUCAGAGCCUUAUUCGGAGAAGAAGCAAAUAAACGCACAAUCAUCCUCUUCACUCACGCUGAUGAACUGACCUGCUCUCUUGCGCAGUAUAUCAGUGAAGCUGGUGAGGAUCUCAAAGAAAUCCUGAGACACUGCGGAGGAAGAUAUCACGACUUCAACAAUAAAGACAUGCAUGAUCGAGUUCAAGUAGAGCAGUUGCUGAAGAUGGUAGAUGACAUGAUCACUGCUAAUGACACCAGUACGUCUCACUAGGACGUGUAGAUCAUGUUAAAUGACAAAUAAGGGAGAUGAGAAUAUGAGAAGAAACUACAAGACAAAGAGAACUGGAACAAAGCAAGCUUUAGACAGACUAUCACGUCACACAAUUGUGUCGUUAAAGGAGCGCUCUGUCCAUCUGUUACACGCACCUAUCACUCUAAACUGACCUGUCAAUCAUCUCCUCCACAUCUGAUUUCAUUUACUUUCCUACGCUUCUGGAGAGAAGAGAAGUAGCUGGUCUUUCAUGCGGAGAACUCUGCUCAUAUUUGCUGCAUAAUGAUGCAUUUAACAGUUAACGACCAAAUGGAUGUUUAUAAAAGUUCACAUUGCUGUUGCAGAUGAAAUAUAACAGGGAUAACAAUAAAUAAAUUAGGUUAAAUGUUGAUUAUUAAUAACUCAAACCCCUUUUGUAAACCUUUCUAACUGACCGUAAUGGUGCACAUCUGCCACAUUGUAGUUUAUAUAAUGCGUUUAAUACACGUUUGUAGUUCUGGAAUGAAUCCUUCACUAAAGAGCAAUGGAUUGUGGGUAAUUUUAGCCAUUAAAGUGUGCACGGAUCCACACUUCAAAAAUCAACCUGAAAUAGUAGACCAUCCGGGGACUUUAAGCAUACUCUUUAAAAAAUACUAUGCUUUAUACUAUUUCAGCUCUGAUGAAUCUGAUUCACUGAAUCAAGCAGGUCUCAGAAAGAAUCAGAAGAAUCAAGUUGAUCUUGUGUUCAGAUCAGUACAACACCUCUGAUUAAAGUUUACUGAUAAUGGUUCUGUAUUCUGUGUAAAUAUAAGGCACCUUCUGAUGUAAUAAAAAGAAAAACUGUG